AAUAUGUUUUGAGUUUUCGGUUCACGCUCUGUGAGACAAACUGAAAAAUUCCUUGUUCUAUUUUCAUUAUCUAAGGACUAUUAACAGAAUCGACACAGCAGCUGGAAAACGUUCAAGAGCAACUAAGAAACAGAGAUGGAGAACUGAGGGAGAUGACACAGCAGUUGACAAAUGUCCGUAGGCAACUACAAGAGAGAGAAGGACAACUAUCAGAAAAAGCUCGCCAACUAAGAGAGAGAGAUGAAGAACUGAGGAAGAAGACACAGCAAUUGACAAAAACCCAGGGGCAACUACAAGAGAAAGAUGGACAACUGAGGGAGAAGACACAGCAGUUGACAAGUACUCAGGGGCAACUACAAGAGAGAGAUGAACAACUGAGGGAGAAGACAAAGCAGUUGACAAACACUCAGGGGCAACUACAAGAGAGCGAUGGACAACUGAGGGAGAAGACACAACAAUUGACAAAUACUCAAGGGCAGCUAAAAGAGAGAGAUGGACAACUGAGAGAGAAGACACAGCAGUUGACAAAUACUCAAGGGCAACUAAAAGAGAGAGAUGGACAACUGAGAGAGAAGACACAACAAUUGACAAAUACUCAAGGGCAGCUAAAAGAGACAGAUAAACAACUGAGGCAGAAGACACAGCAUUUGACUAAUGUCCAAGCGCAACUACAAGAGAAAGGUGGACAACUGAGGGAGAAGACACAGCAGUUGACAAAUACUCAGGGGCAACUACAAGAGAGAGAUGAACAACUGAGGGAGAAGACAAAGCAGUUGACAAAUACUCAGGGGCAACUACAAGAGAGAGAUGGACAACUAACAGAAAAAGAUCGCCAACUAAGAGAGAGAGAUGAACAACUGAGGGAGAAGACAAAGCAGUUGACAAACACUCAGGGGCAACUACAAGAGAGAGAUGGACAACUGAGAGAGAAGACACAGCAGUUGACAAACGUCGAAGGGCAACUACAAGAGAAAGAUGGACAACUGAGGCAGAUAAGAAAUCAUUUGACAGAUGUCCAACGGCAACUACAAGAAAAAAAUGAAGAAUUUACUUCCUUGGAAAGGCUGCUGAGGGCCAAACAGCACGAAACAGACGAACUGAAGACGUCUCUUUCAGCAGCUCAAAGGGCGCUUAACGAACGUUCACGCCGUCAGACUCCUAAUUGGCUCAUUCCACGCGAUCAGAUUCAGCUGACGGGCAAAUGCCUUGGAAAGGGAGGCUGGGGAAGUGUUAUCGAAGGCAAAUACUGUGGCUGUGCUGUCGCUGUCAAACAGAUACACGAAUUGAUACUUUCUGAUCACAACCGUAGAAUGUUUGAGCGAGAGAUGAGCAUUGCCGCCAGAUGCCGCCAUCCUUGUUUGCUGCAGUUCAUUGGGGCAACAAACGAUGAAGGAAGUCCUUUGUUUGUGACAGAGCUCAUGGAAUCUAGUUUACGAGCACUGUUAGAACAGCGGUCUCUUUCUUCACUUGAAGUGUCUGUCAUUUCUCUAGAUGUUGCUCGAGCAUUAAACUACCUCCACUUACAGAAACCAUCCCCCAUUAUUCACCGCGACAUCAGCAGUGCCAAUGUGUUGCUGUGGCGGCAAGCUGACCAAUGGCGAGGCAAAGUGUCAGAUUAUGGCACGGCAAAUGUUUUGCAGCAUACCAUGACAGUUGGUCCAGGUGCUAUUAUAUACAGUGCACCUGAAGUGCAUACUAAACACCAAACCGUCAAGGUUGAUGUGUACAGUUUUGGAGUUCUACUCUGUGAGGUUUGCAUCCAGGAACUUCCCGAUCCUGACAGGCGCGACGAGCAAGUUGCCAUGGUGACAAACGGUGUGCUUCGAGCUCUCAUUCGGGGAUGCCUGCAACAAGAUGCUGAAAAAAGACCAAGUAUGGAAGAAAUAAUUGAUGAACUCGAACAACCAAUAUAAGACCAAGUAUGGAAGAAAUAAUUGAUGAACUCGAACAACCAAUAUAAGAUUGGUUUUGAAAAGAUCUACUUUCUAUCUACACUUGCAAUCGAGAAGAAAAGAAACGUAAAAACCUUCCGCCAUUCCGCCAUUCCAACAUUCCACCGUUCCUGCCUUUAGGGUCACCCGAUUGUCUUAUAGGUAAGAUUUUACUCCAGUAACUAACGGCGUAAUU